GGAAAAUUACAAAAAAAAUAUGUGCUUCAAUUCCGUUAUCACAGCAGAGAUAUGACUGUAUGGGUAACACUGUUAGAAAAUUUAAAACAUUAAAAGAAAAAUUUUGAGAGGUGAAGCCCCAGCCAACAACGAAGAUGAGGAAGAACCAAAUUAAAGUUGAAACCCUUUCUUUGAGUCUGAGGUCUGAAGGAUUCAACCGUCACCCAAUACCUCUAAUCUAAUGGAUCUGGUUGCGAUUGAGGAGACAAAAAGCCGAAUUGCUCCGACAGGAAGUCCAAAGAGAAACCGAGACGUUCAAGAGAAAGAUUUUGCCAACUACAGAUACCCGACAGGAAGAUGCAUCUUUGCUGGCCUCCCAGAUCGUGACCGCUGGGACAAAUUUUAUGAUGAUUUCAUGGCUUCUUUUGGCGAAUGUAGCAGAAACGAUGGUAAAGUAUGUCGGCACGUCUUUCCAUCGUUUUACACGUACGGCUUCAAAAACGGGAUGGCCGUGCUGGAGAUCUACAAAGUUAGGUUACGUAUCCAGAAUGCGGAAGAGGCAAAGAUAAAGUACUGGGCAGAGGUUUCUAAACCGAGUUUGUUGUACGGUGUAAUUUCAGUCGGAAGUUCAUAUACAAAACCUGGGGAGAAAAGUGGAGGGGAUUUCUUGUACAAGGUUGGAAGAGAUGAAUCCUCCGCCAACAUGGAAUUCUCAGGUGAUAUGUUUGAGAUUCCGUUGAACUUAAAGCAGCCCUAUCCUCUCCUGUCUGACACAACCAUAUCGGUUGCUCUGAAGCUUAAUGGUGUUGAUUUGAUUGGAUGUGAUCAGGAAGAAGAUGAAGAAUUGAUGUCCCCCCCCUACGACUUUGAAGGUGAAAAAAUCACUUGUGGCAGAUUGGAUUUUUUUACUACAGCUACCUGGGAAUUGGUAGAUUCAUCUGUGCUAUACAAAUUAGUCCGGAGAACUCAUUUUGAUGCAACCAGAAAAGAUGGAAAAGGUGUGGUUUGUCCCAAUCCCAUCGCCGUCUAUGUGGAUUAUGGUGUGCUUGUAGCUCUAACAGCUAAAGUGACGUCCGUCACUAUCUUGGAUCCUUCCGUUGCUGCUGUGUCCGGACAGAUUUCUGCCUCAUUUUGCUCCUUGGACCCGGAGGUUGAAGUCCUUCUUUUCAAAGGCAGCCAGCGAGAGUUGGAACCAGUUACCCACACAGUUGCCCUUUCCAGAUCAUUGGUCGCUGUCCCUUACACUUCCUAUCUCCUCCUUCAAGUCCAGCUGCAUGAUCAACACGGGAAACUCAUAGACAAUGGUACUUUUGCCUUCCCUCCCAUAACAAAAUCAAACUUUGUCUCCAAAACAGAAAACAUCAGCAUCUGUGUGGAAUUCCUACAUAGGCCCCCAGAUGCUUAUUAAACAACUUGUUCUGCCAAGAAUUUAUGUCGUUCCAUGCUCCCUACUACUGCGUGCUCUGUUUAAUUACUCUGUGUUUUACGAGUAACAAAUGAAGCUCCUUGUACGUGCACUUCUACUCACUGAUAUAUGUUUUACAUUGUGUGUCUUUUUUGUGCUAGUAACUUGAGGUUAUUACAUUUCAGGUAUGAACUAGUAUGGCACCCGUGCAUACGCACGGGAAAGAGCAGUUGG